AUGGCAGAAGCAGACCAUACCGGAUACAAUUUCACAUCCCGUACUCAUCAUGACACUUAUCCCGCAAUCGACCCAACCAAACGAGAUCUCUCGUCCAAGUACAUCUUUAUCACGGGAGCAUCAAAGGGCAUCGGUCGAGAAACAGCACUGUCUUACAGUCGCGCAGGCUGCGCCGGCAUCGCCGUCGGCGCAAGAACCAAUCUGACCGGACUCGCCCCAUCCCUUAGCGAGGCAGCCUCCGCAGCAGGGAAGCCCGUGCCGCAGAUAGUAGUCGUGCCGUUAGACGUGACAGACGAGAAAUCUGUCACAGCCGCCGCUGCAACAGUCAACGAAGCAUUCCCGCGUCUCGACAUCCUGAUCAAUAACGCGGGGUAUCUAGAGAAGCGCGCUAAGAUCGCCGAAAGCGACCCGGAAGAGUGGUGGCGGACCUGGAAUGUCAAUGUCCGGGGACCAUAUCUUGUCACGCGGGCUUUUCUACCACAGAUUUUGGUAAAGGGAGGGGAAAAGAUCGUUGUCAAUCUCAGUAGCAUUGCGGCGCAUCUGAUAGCUCCCGGUGGCUCGGCGUAUCAGACCAGCAAGCUUGCCCUCCAGCGAUGGACGGAGUUUCUGCAUGUCGAUCAUGGCCCGGAUGGUAUUCUGACUUUUGCUGUGCAUCCCGGCGGGGUGCCGACUGAUAUGGGAAAGCGGCUGCCGUUGGAGAGGCAGGUUGUGUUGACAGAGACGCCGAGACUUUGUGCGGAUAAGCUUGUGUUUUUGACUGAGCGGAGGCGGGAGUGGUUGGCGGCACGGUAUAUAUCUGUGACUUGGGAUAUGGAAGAGUUUCUUGAGAGAGAGGCGGAGAUUAUACAGAGUGAUAAACUGAAAGUUCGGAUGGUUAUUUAA